UUUCUAUUCAAUUGUGUGUUCAAAAGCUCCAAUUAGAAUCCUCCCGUCGUCUCCAUUGUAACCACGAAAAUGUCGAAGCUCGCGGCUCUCUUCACCAUUGCAGCACUGCUUACAAUGUCCUCCGAGGCUCGUCCCAUCGCUACUCUCACUGCCACUUCUGCCGUAAUCGCCAAUCCGGUCGUUGCUGAAGAGGUUCGUAAAGACGGGCCAUGCGAGGGACGGGAGAAAGACGACUGCCUGAUCAGAAGAACCUUAGAGGCUCAUACUGAUUACAUCUAUUCCGGCGACACUAAGCCAUGAAUUACUUAUCUUUUUACAUUUUCUCUCAUUAAAUAAUUAUAAUAAUUAAGGAAAAUCCUUUUCUGUUCGA